CUUCACCCGCUCCAUCUGUCCGUUCUCCUGCUUCUCCCCCCCAUUCCCUCCGGACAUACCGUCCGGGCGCGGGGGCGCGCGGCGCGCGCAUGGUGCAUGAUGAGACUAACGGUCAGCUGGUGCUCGAGCAGAGAACGGUCGAUUCGCGUCUGGGCCGUAGCGAGAAUGCCCGCUUCCUCGAGCGAUUCCGUUACAUCAUCAUAGCUUCGCAACUGCUGAACGGGCACGUCAAUGUUUCACACUACGAUCGAAGCCAGGAACAUCUCUUCUCCGAAGACGAUCACAAAGCGGCAAUCUUCGGAAUCCCCACAACCACGAGGGCGCGGUUUUGGGUUGGAAGUGGAGGGUUCGUGCUGGCGUCGUCGCUCGUGCUGUCGUGGAUAUUCCGCGGACACAGUGGCGAUGGAGUCUUCAGCAAGGGACGGGCUGUGAUUGCCGUCAUAAUAACCGUGGUCGUGGGCAUUUUCUUGUUCACCCGCGCCAGAAGGAAGUGGCUGCGAUCCUUGAGACUCAAGGCUGUGGAAUUCGCGGCGGUCUUUGUGGAGAACAGCCAAACAUUCGACACCUUGGCAUCGAAUGCCGUCACGUUGAUUCAAGAAGUCGAGUUAGUGUCAAGGGGAUACCGAUUAAGUCUUCCCCUACCGCCGAUCACCCGCCUGGAACGUGACAAUAAGACGAGGCGGUGUGCGAGACUGCGCAAGUCGGUGUUGUCAGCACUUAGCAUGGCUAUACCUCCCCACAACCGUGCAUGCAUCUCUCUUCGCCACCUCGUGCAGGAGAUGGACUUGGAGAAGUACUACGACAUGUACGAUAUCCAAUUGGCCGAUGUGGAGGAAGCGGAGCUCGGGUUCGAAAACAACGAAGACAUGGGCGAUCUGGAGAGUCUGAAGGCGCUCAAGACACUGCUCCACCGCCUGCAUACGAUCCGGAGGGUAUUCCUCUGUUCCCUGCUGGCGAUCGAUGCCGACGGCGGAUACUCGGAUUACACACGCUGGGGAUUGGCUGUGGAGCAGCUGAGAAGUCUUGGAAAUCUUAUUGCAGAGCUUGCCGGAGAACUCAGGAAGAUUCUGGCCGAGGAAGAACAAUUCACCUCUCCCACGAGCCCAAUUACAAAUACUCCGUUGUCACCGGAAAGCGAAAAGUGUCGAGGUCAGCUGAGAAAACUGAACUCGCUUUCGCAAGCUCUGCGAGGGCUGCAAGCAAAGAUGCACGUCCUCCGCGAAGAGUCGGAUCGCACCCUUCAGGAAUCUUCGGAUCUGAGCGAUUUCGGUCGGGACCUGCUCUCGCACUACGAUUCCAUCGGUGCCGAUCUCCGAGGUCUGGUCGAUGAAUGGGAGAACGCUCGGUCGUACCUUUCCAUGAGUGUGGACAGGAACUCCCCCCGCAACUCCAGGUCGCCGGAUUCAAUCGACGGGACGACGUUGGUCGGAGAUACACCGCGGAACUCGGGGCUCUUCGAGAAGGGCGGGAGCUGGGCUGAUGCGGCGGGGCUGGGACUCUUUUCGCAGACCGAAGAGAGCGAGCAAGAGCAGGACACGGAGGAAGUGUACGAAGCAAUUGCCGAGCCGCCUUCGCGGCCGCGAAGCUUUAUGACUCGCGAUGAAAGAAUCAGGAAAGUCCAAGAGGAACGGACGAAAAUGGCGGAGCGGAGAAAAACAAUGGACACUACACAGGCGUUGCAGAGAGAGCUACAAGCUGUGCUGAUCAACCGACCCACGCCGAAACGACGAUACACGGCCGGCCGGAAUUACAGCUGAGGGGACGAAAAUGGACUGCCGGAGAGGGGGCUAUGCCACUCGACGGAAUGCCUUGACGAUUUUCCUUGCGUUUUUUUAUUUAUUUAUCCAUUUCCUAAACUUUCUCAAUUCGUCGUAUUUCUCUUCAUUUUAGGCGUCUUUUUUCUUUCUUUUUUCUUCGUUUC